CCUCACUCCGCCAUCGCCUCCCGCCUCCCUUUCCCUCUCCCGCCUUCGUCCCUGAGGGAGGCUGAGGCGGCGGCGGUUCCAUUCCUCCCUCCGUGACACACCGGGGCCGUCACCGCAUGCCUGCCCGCCCCCCCAAGUAGGUAAGGGGCUUCGGGUGGGGAUGGGGGAAAGGGGUCCCCUCAGGGCUGGCGGGGAGACGCUUGGCCCCGGAGAGCGAGGCCAAAAAAUAAAAAAGGACGAGGCCGUGCUGGCGGCUGAGGGGACGAGGAGGAGGAGGCCUAGGCCGCCCCGCAACGCCCCCCUUCCCCAGCCCCUCGUGGGUGCCUCGCCUGACCCACCCAGCGCACCCUGCGGAGGCUUCUCCCUCCUUCCCCGCUUCCCCGCCUUUCUCCGAAGGACGCCGUUUCUUGGCACAAAUCUCAGCCCCUCCCAAGGCGGGGGGACGGGAAAGAAGAGGAAUGACGCCUAUAUAUACAUUGUUCUAAUUCUGUCGGUGUUUAAUUGUGUUUUUAAAAACGGUUUUCCUCCUUCUCUCCCCCGCCUCUAUGCUUUGAGCUCUUUCUGUUUUAUCUGCAAUCCGCCUGGAGCCCCUGCCAAUGGGGGGGGGGGGGAGAGACUGGUAUCGAAAUAAAUAGGAACAAGAGAUGGAGGCUCCCCAGACAGACAAAACAGACACGUGUGCCUGUUUUUAUGGAGGGUUUGGGUUUGGGGAAAAUAAUGCACUGCCGACACUUUUCAGCAUGCCACCUGUCUGUCUGUGCAUGGCGAUAUUGGUUUGCAAGAGGGGGGUGGGUAUGGGGUCCCACCACCCCAGCUCAGGGGAGAAGCAUCUUCUUGGCAUACAGAAAGGCCCAGGUUCAGUUCCUCCCCAGAAUCCUGGAGAGAUGCUGCCAGCCAGGGUAGAUAGCACUGAAGCAGAUGGGUCAUUGAUCUUGCUCUGUAUAAGGCAGUUUCCGAUGUUCCUAAGGUCCCAGCUUCAACCUGUGGCAUCUCCAGGUAAGCCUGGGAGAGAUACGCUGUCUGAAACCCCCGGGGAGCUGCUGCUAGUCAGUGUAGACCGCAUAGAGGUAGAUGGUGCAUUGGUCUGACUCUGCAUAAAACGGUUUCCUAUGUUCCUAUACAGUGGUACCUCGGGUUACAUACUUAAUUCGUUCCGGAGGUCUGUUCUUAACCCGAAACUGUUCUUAACCUGAGGCGCACUUUCACUAAUGGGGCCUCCUGCUACCACCGCGCUGUCGGCGCAUGAUUUUUGUUCUCAUCCUGGGACAAAGUUCUCAACCCUAGGUACUACUUCCAGCUUAGCGGAGUUUGUAACCUGAAGCGUUUGUAAUCUGAGGCACCACUGUAUGUCUUUGGGGUCAAUGGAAGAGCAUCUGCUUCGCAUGCAGGUCACAUUGAGUUCAACAGGACUUGUUCCUGUACAUUGCGUGUAUAAUUCAUGUAAUGAAUUUUGGAGUUGACCUAUUUUUUUGAAAAUUCGAUAAUAGCCGUAUUUCCACACACUCCUUUCCCCACGACUUGGUCUGGUGGUCAUGUUUAUUUGAUCACCCAGGCUAACAAACCCACAUUUAUUCAGUGUGUGUGUGUGUGUUUCCUUUCUGGCAAAACUAGAAAAGACAUUCUGCCUUACCCUGAGUCAUAAUGUUGGUCCAUCUAGUUCAGUAUUGUGUACACUGACUGGCAGUGGCUCUCCAGGAUUUCAGACAAGAGUCUCUCUUGGCUGUACCUGGAGAUGACGCAAAUUGAACCAGGGAUCUUCUGCAUGCUCCACCACUGACCCACCCCACAACUCAAUGGGAUUUACUCCCAGGUAAGCAUGUAUAGCAGGGCUGAUGAACCUUUGCCUCUCCAGGAUGAACCUUCGCCUUUUUGGAUUACAGCUCCCAUCAGCCUUGACUAUUAAGAUGUAGGCUGUGGUUGAUAGGAGAUGUAGUUCAGUAUCAUCUGGAGGGCCAAAUGUUUCCUGCCCCUGAUGACUAGGAUUGUAGCUUUGUUGUGUCAAAUGAAGUAGACUCCAGUCCAUUAAAGUUUCUGCCACAGUAAAUCUGUGGUGCCCUGCAUACUAUUUUUACUGUGGAGAGAUGGAACAUAUAUCUCCUUAUAUCAAGUUUUUAUUCCACUAAUAACCACUCUCCCUCCAUGGAGCUCAGGGUAGCAAACGUGGUUCUUCUACUUCAACAGUCUGGCGGCCCAACAACAACCCUGUAAGUUAAAUUAGGCUGAGAGAAAAUGAUGGACCCAAGUUCAGUCUGAGGGGAGAUGGGACUCCUUGUGCUCAUCUGAUUUACAUUGGAGCUUCUCACAUGGAGGUUGCAAACUGUACCACUUGCAUUUUCAUGAGCUUAAAAAAUGCCUUACAAAUAUUUCUAUCUGCUACAGAGACAGGCACAUCAAGAGCCCCCUAAAAUAUUAGGAAAUUUGCAAGCAUUCAUACUUUUGAAUGAUACUCUUAAACUAUUCCAAUGGGGAAUAAAUUAAAUGAGCUAUGUUUUACUCUGUGUCCUUUGCACUGUUAUCUGCAAGUUAUCUCAAAUGGUUCUGUGCAUUUGAUAAUAAAAUAUUUAUUUUGCUAAUUUAUUUUUGACAAGUUGAAACAAUAUGAUUAUUUAUUCUUGGAUAUUUUGCAAAAAUAGCAAGACGGUAAUUUAAGUGAUGAUUUCCUGCUAUCUGUGAAAUAUAUAGCCAUAUAUUUUUGCAUACAUUUUAAGGGUGUUAGUAAUGAUAGAGUGUUAAAUGUUUAAUUGCUUCCAUAUUACUUUAUGUAUGUAUAUUUAGGAACCAGCGCAAAGUAUAAUGUGUGAAUAUUACUGACAUCAUGACAGCUGUUAGACAGAGAAAGGGAAUAAAAGCCACAGAAGUUCCAGAAGAGAGUGUAUUCCACGAGAAGAACUGGAAACUUAAUGGGAAAACUCUAGCUGGUAGGUCACGGUUAUCCUUGUUUAAUGUACUUAAGCUAUAACUUCAUGUGUAAGUAGAAAUAAAAAUGGGAAAACCAAGAAUGGUUAUUAUUCCAAUUGAAUUACAUGGCUGAGUUUAGCCAUUAUUAGGAUUCACCCAAAUUCAUUCUCUACUGGCAUUUAAAGCUAUCUUUGACUUCAUGUAUUUCCAGGAUGCAGUUAUAUUUAGGGAGCUAUGUUUUGAUUUCUUACUUUUUGCCUACAAAAUAUUUCAUGCAAAUAUUUUUUUAUUUGCAAAUAAAGUUCAAGUAGCUUAUCACAAACCCUAACUAGGUAGCACAUAAAAUAUAAUUUCUACUCAGUAGGCCACUAGAAAUUAAUGGUUUUCUGUUGGGUACGUUCAUUAAUCUGCUAAUAAGUCAGUCACAGUUCUAGUAUUUUUAGUUCCACUGAGUUUGAUGGGUUUUCUAGAGUUUGGUAUUGUGCUGCCCAUAUAUCAAAACUAGAGAAGGUUGGUCUUUGUUUCAAAUAACAUGAUUAAUUGGGAAAUCUGAGAAGAGGAAUUGAUUUGAAACCAAUAUAGUCUACGUGGAGGAAUAACUCUAAAUGUAGUUAUGGGCUGUAUUUUCCCUUGGCAUCACAUUGUCUGUGGUUUUGCUGCUUUGUUGUCAGCAGGUAAAUCACCUGUAAUCGUGCACCAUUAUCAGGGACUGCUUUGAUAAGUGCACAUUUAGAGAAGAAGGCACAAUUUAGAUAACCCAAGCUUUAAAGUUAAAACAAGAUUUUGGUGUGAUUAAUAAAGUCACCCUGCUUGUAAUUUAUUAGAAGGCAUGCCACAAAGGAUAUUUCAAAUAAUUUCAGAAUGAGAGGUGAUGAUUAUCAAGACUAUUUUGAGCUUAUAAGCUUUUUACUGAACUCUAUUAUCGAGGAAGGGGCAUAACACAAAGCAGAUCAGAGCUUUCAUAAUGAGUACAAGAGCAAUUAACUGUUCUUUGCAGAAGACGUAGCAAGCUUGAGAGAAAAUAGUUAGCUCUGCCCCUUUCAGUGUUCCUGUCCUUCAGAUUAACAUCACUUAAAAGGGAAUUACUUCGAUCUAGAGAACCUGUGAAUGGAAGGGAAGUAGCUAUUAGCACUGCUCCACAAAUGCUUUCUGAAGAGUUAGAAUCAUAGAAUUGUAGAGUUGGAAGGGACCACAAGGGUCCAACCCCCUGCAAUGCAGAAUUCCCCCCCCCCCAACAUGGGACUGCAACCCACAACCCUGAGAGUAAGAGUCUCAUGCUCUACCGACUGCUACAGUAAACUAUUUUGGACCUUAAGCUGCCCUCUAUGUUGUGACUGGAACUGGGGGCAAAGUCCACUGCAUGUGUAUCUCAUCGCAGAUUCCCAAUAAGGCCCAGGAGCAAAAUGCUUUAUCUAUCUAGGGCUUGCCAAUACCCCACUGUGUCCUCAGUUGGCUUUGCCUGCCUGGAGUGUGUGUGUGUGUGUGUGUGGAAAUCCCAACGUGUGUGGCUGGAAUGCAGCCUACUUUACAAAUGCAACGGAUGUGACUUUUUUACACUAGCCCCAUCCAGGUUGCCUGUGAGGGAAUAUGGCCCUCCGAAAAAUAUUGCCCACUCGUUACAGAAGAAAUAUGCAUAUGCCCUAGAUUUAAAGUGGAAGAGAAGGAUAGAAAAAAUUGCAUAGAUAGCUGCUUCUAUAUUUCCAGCAGAGGCCAGUAAUAACCGUUUGCACUUAAUGCCCAUUAUGAAGGAGAUAUCAAAGUAUGGAGUUUUCUCUGUCUAUCUGCUUAGAAGAUUUCAGGGUUGUGUGACUUAGCAUCCCCAAUUCAUUCCCUUUCACCCCCAUCCACAACCAGAGCCUUUUCUCAAUUCACCCACAGAUGUUUUGUCUCAACUGUCUUAUUUCAGUUGUAAUUUCCCACAAAUAGUUCCCCCCCCCUUACUCUACCUGUUUAAAUUAUUAAAUAAAAAAUAACUUUCUCCUCCCUGCUGUUUUCCUUUCACUUUCCACCUCCAUUCUGAAUUAGGACUGCAAUAUUUUCUGCCAUAGCAACAUAACUGGCUGUUGCCCAUUUGAGCUACCAUGAAAAACUAGUGUAAUUUUGAUUAAUAUAGCAGAGAAUGGAGUUUAUUCACCCUGUACAGCACUAAGGUUGUUCUGAGUAGAAAGAAUGGAAUUAACGUGACUUCACUUAGGUUUGCUAAUUUCAGUGGGAUUUACUCAUUGAGUAAAAGGAUUGAAUAUAAAACAACCCUUGGUUCUUUUUAACAGCAUUAUAAUAGAUAGGUUCAAUACAUUUCUGCCUGUAUAAGAGUUUGCACAAGUGAGAAGAACAUCUUGGGAUUUAGCUCACUUGUCUCACAGAGUGCCCUAGCACAAUGCCUUCUUUGUGCAAAAUACCCCCUUUUUCUGCAUCUUUUGAUACAACCCUUUUAAGAACCAGCUGGGUCAAUUUAGUGCAUUUUAGUGUAGAUUUUGUUGUUUUAUAUUCUUUUGUGUACCACCUUGGGUGGAUGUUUCUUUUGAAAGAUAGGGUAUAAAUCAAAUGAAUACAUUUUACAUGUAUUUUCCAGUGCCAGAACAAUCCAAGAGAAAUCAGUUUUCCCUCAGUUUUCUUUUUGGAAAUCUGUUCUCUGUUUAUGAUACAUAAACUGUAGCCAACAUCUGGAGUGGAUACUACCAUCCAUUUCAAACAUAUUGGAGGAGUUGUUUUUGUUUUUUAAAGAUAAAUAUUUAUUAGAACUAUCUUCUGCAGGUGGAAAAUUGUGGAAGAAACUUUCACUCAUCGUUGGUGGAAUCGUUGGCAUAACUCUGGGAAUCUUCACUUCUGUUUAUGUUGCUACACUACAUGAAAAUGAUCUGUGGUUCUCCAACAUCAAGGUAACAGAAUGACUCUGAUUGCAUGAUUGGUUUCCUAAGGCAUUGUUCACAUUGCGGCUUUUCAGACUUUUUUCUGCCGAGCUAUCCACAGCUACCAUAGCAUUGCCUUUUUCUACAUUGUUGAUAAUUUUACUCUCUCCCACAUCAACCACUGUUCUUAUCAGGUGUGUCUUGAGGACAUACUGAGGUAGUAGAAAGCAGAUAACAAGCUGAAAGUAGCAGCUAUGUUGAUGUGUUUUUUAUUUGUUUAUAAUAAAGCAUCCUGGAUUGCUCAGACUGAAUGGUGGUUGAACCAUGAACUGUAUAUACACUGUUCUUUUUAAUUGGAUCUUACAUUAUUGAGGGAGGAAGGUUAAAGCUUUAAUUUCCCUUCAGAGAAGGGCCACUUCAGAAGUUUUUAUUUUUCGUGGGUUCCCAUGAAAUACCACCAGUAAAACAGAAACUGGAAUGGACUAUUUCACUAUACCAUAUAUUAAAAUUGUGCCACCGUGUUAGAUGUGACUUGGGCUUAAGCAAGGUUCUUAAGCAAGUUUCCAGUAGAUUUUCCAUUCUGACUACAGCAGGUUAGUAUCAUAUACUGCAGUAGCAGAAUUCAUCAUGUGGUACAUUAAAGUAGUUUCAUCUAAUGAUGUCAUAUUAAUAGCACCUAUUUUAUCUUUGACUCUAUUAGGAAAAACUCAAUUGCAAUUUAUUGUCAGCCCCUGCAAAAUAAAUCAGGGCUGGAUGUGAUAGAAAAUCUGCCAAGAGAAGAAUGAAAAUUUCAGUCAAUAACUUGGUGCUAUCAACACAGAUUUUUUUCCAUGAAGAGAAAAUAAAUGAUUUAUACAGGAUAGAGGGUUUAUUAGGAACACACCUUUUGCUUCUUCUGGGUCUUGCAAGUCUAUAACAUCUAAAUGUGAAUUUCUUUGAGUCUUGGGCAAAAAAAAUGUGUGCAAUUCAUUUAGGUCCUGUUCCCAAAGUCCUGGAUAGGAAACUGAGGCACAGAAAUAAUGAUUUAGUAUAGUCAAGCUGAGAGUUGAACCCAAUUUCCCAUGCCAUGAUUCAGCUUUCCAGCAAUAGAAUUCAUUAUUUCUAUUCCAGCAAAGUCUAAUUUCAGUACAUGGCUAGCUGUUGUAUAUAAAUCCGUUGCUUUCUUCAUUCAUCAAAGCUGAAUAAACACUCCAAUCAGAGCAAAUGGGCUUGAGGUUAACCAGCCAAGAGUUCUGUGUGUAUUAACUGUGUUUGUUGACGGCAUGCUGUGCAACCUUGGUCACGUUAAUGCAGUUAUCUGUAUUGAGCUUUCACUUUUAUGCUUAAGAAGAUUUGCUACGUAAUUAAUUGGAUUUUAUUUUUAAAAGCAAUAUUCUUUUAUUUCUUUUUCUGGUGCAGUUUUGGUUUUUAUUAAGCAAGCAAACAAAGAAAGCUGAAAUGGUACUUUCUUGAGUGUAUUACAUUGGGUUCUUUUGAAAGACAGUAUCAAGCUUUGUUUGAUCUAGUUCCCAAACUCUUCACUGAUGUGGGACCCCAGAGGCAUUUUGUUGCAGCACAAGAUUCAGUUGUUAGCCUUGUUCUCUGAUUGGAAAGCCAUUGCUUUUCCAAGAUUCUCUCAUGUGCCUGAAUUCCAGACAGUCACCCACAAGGCUUUUGGGCUCCAAAGAUCACUGAAAAACCAGAACCUUUUAUAGAUGUGAAUGUGUUGAACAUAAAUAGAAUAUUAAUUUUGGAAAGAUAUUUUUACAUGACUCUGUUCAAAAUACCUUGCAACUGAUCAUCCUUAUCUUCCACAUAGAACCAAAGAAUUGUAGAGUUGGAAGGGACCCAAAGGGUCAUCUGGUUCAACCCCCUGCAAUGCAGGAAUAACAUGUUUGUGCUGAUGUGAGAUUGAGUUGUGUUUACAGAGGGAGAAGAGUGCACAAUAAUGGGAGAUGUUUAGCUCCUUGCCAGUUCUCCGGCCUUUUGAAAAAGGUGAAUCCCUAGUUGGAGAAUAUUGUAAAAGAAUAAAAAGAUACAAAGGACAAGAGCCCCUCAUAUUAUCCUGACAAGGUCUAUACAAAGCUUUCGUGUAGCAACAAAGCAUUAGAAACAACUAAAAUCUCCAACGGCAGUGAAAGUGAGACCACUGCAGAAGGGGAAGAAAGGGAAGAAAAGAGAGGAGAGAAAACGUUGGGUGAAAUAUUUUAAGUCCACCUUUUGGAGAUUUCAGCUGAGCUGGGCCUCCCCUCCACAGGGUUCAUAGGUCUGCCCUGCCAUGUAGCACCAUGAUGGUGGCAGUGGGAGAUGAAGGCAGGAACUGGUGUCUGAAUGAUGCAGCAAAAUGUUUUAAAGUAUUGGUCCUAGUGUGGAAGGGGGCAUCAGUCCUUCACUCCAGACAGUAAAAUGUCUUGGACUUCUCCUACUUAAGAACUGCCUGCCCUGAGGGUAGAAGAGAAAAGUCAAAAGAGCCUUUUGGAGGGGCUGGAUGGAGGGACAAUAUACUCCCCCCUCCUCUGCUGGUCUGCUCCACUUCACCAGAGUGCCAGUAUAUGCUGCUUUUGCAGCUAUGCCUUGAAACCUCCCCCCUCUUACACAUAGUCCUGCAGCAUUCAAGUUUAGGCUUGGUUGCAAACCUUGCUGCACCCACAGCUCCCAACUCUCCAGUACAGUGUGGGAAGGGGAAGUUUAACCCCCCACCCCACUCUACACACACACACACACACACUCAAACCAUGGUUAGUGGCUAUCUCCUCCAUCCUACCCCCACUACCACUAUUUUCCUGACCCUGAGAGCUAGUUUAGAGGUAAAAGGUAGGUUAAGCACACAUAACAUAUUUUCACAGUCCCACAAAUUGUUUCAGUCAUACUCCUGAAAGAAGUAUUUCAUAAGAUUCCCCCACCACCAAUGUUUCUACAAAUUUUCCAUUUCCGACCCUGGAGUGCAGGGUAUUUCCUGUUUCCCUCCUCAGGCCACCAAUUUCAUUUCAUACAGAUGAGUUCUGUUUCUCAGUCUUUGCUGAGAUAGAAACAUAUGCAUGAGGGAACUUCAGGGGCUGGUUUGUGCAUGCAGCUUCUUUACUUGAUGAGUGCAAUAGCAAUCAACAUAAUUCAUGUGCAAAACAUCCAUCACACAGACAUAACACCACAGAUAGUAUAUUCCUAUUGAUAAAAGGGAUUGGCUUGUCACCACCAUAGAUGAUAAUAAAAUAUUCAGUAGGCAUUUUGUAGUUUACCUCCUUUUCUUCCGUAAUUCCUGAAGGGAAUCAUAAUAAUGGAGCAGGGCAUGACUGCAAAUAUUUUUGUACUUGCAGCUGAUCGGAUAUCUCUAGAAUAAUGCAGAAUUCACUUUUAAUUGCUAUAUAAGCAUCAGGAGUUUCAGCAAAGCAUCAUGGGGUUCAUAGAGUCAAGACUUCAUAAACACAAAUUACAUAUAUAUAGAAUGUGUAUAGUAGUAUUAUCUAAAUAUUAGCCUUGAAAUUUCAGCCCAUAGCUUUUGCCACUUUUAUUGACAUCUGAGACUCUAGGAAGAGUAUGAAUCGCUCUAAAAUUGGAAAUGUGUUGUGAAUGAGGAAAGCAGAUGUUAUCUUCGUAUGAAACAGAUGUAAAGCAGUAGUGUUUACCUCGUAAAGUAUGGCAUUUGGUUGAAUACAGCUGGUGCCAGGCUUAAAGAUUAAUCACGUUUGAUACAGUCUUGCUAAUUAGAUCCCUUUCAGUGCCCAGCCCUCCAGAAUCAAUUCCAAAAUGUUUCAGAGCUUUCAAGUUUUAAUACUUUCUGUAGUUGUGGGACUACCAUAGGAACUUGAGUCAUAUUACUCUGUCAUUGUGAACUGAUUAAACAGAGGUUGCAACUUUCAGUAUUUCAGGUAAUUUAGUGAACACCCACUGUUACCCACAUCUUUCAGCACACUACAUAGCAUACCCAGUCAUGUAAAGUUGACGUGUAUUUAAUCUGUCAUUUUAGUUCAUAAGUGUUGAUUUUAUUUAUAUUCUGAUUUUUUUUAAAAAAAUGUUUUUGACUUUUAUUGAUAAUUUUAAUGUAUGCCUUAUAUCUCUGUAAACUUCUUCGGGGUUUUAAUUAAAAUUAAGGGGCAUACACAUUCUGUUAAAUAAAAACAAGGUAAGUAACGUUUAAAUGGGUUGCAGUGUGAACCACCUGUCAUUUUCUCUUUCUCCAUUGGUUUGUCUUGGGAUUAAUAUUGUUUUGGAUAAUAAGAAUAUGACUGUGCUUUAAUAGUAAGUUAAGACCAGGGGUCAGCAAACUUUUUCAGCAGGGGGCCAAUCCACUGUCCCUCAGAUCUGGAGGGGAACCAGACUAUAUUUUUUUGGUGGGGGGAGGAAUGAACGAAUUCCUAUGCCCCCCAAAUAACCCAGUGAUGCAUUUUAAAUAAAAGGACACAUUCUACUCAUGUAAAAACACACUGAUUCCUUUACCGUCCGUGGGCCGGAUUUAGAAGGCAGUUGGGCUGGAUCCGGCCCUUGGGCCUUAGUUUGCCUACCCACGGUUAAGACCAUUUCAUUCCAGCCUUUUAGUGCAGUAACAGUGAUUGGGUUGACUAAGAACAAAGUUUUGAAGCUGCAGAAUGAGGCAUAGAAGCCAACACUAUAAUUUAACAGUAAAAACAUUAAAAUAGAAACAGGUAAAAAGUGCUUAAAAACAAGGGGUAGCAGUCCAUAAAAGCCCCUCAGACUAGGAUAACAAAUGCUUGCUGGAAUAAAAACAGUUUAGCUAGAAAGUGGAAAGACAAAAACUGUGAUUGAGACAGUUGCUAGCUGCAAAAAAGUAUAAGUGCAUUGAAGACAGUUUUUACAAAGUUUCAGGCCUGUAUUUCUUCCUAGAUUUGGGUUUUUUAAAAAAAAACCUGGGAGUUUUAAAUUGACCAGUGACAGUUCUAAGAACACAUCUGCUCACAGUAAGUCUGUUGGUAAAAAAUCCUUGGCAGCUGACCUAGGCUGAUACACAUAAGUAAUAUCUAGGAAAUCAUGUUACUUCAGUUUUUCCUUGUGAUUUUUGCCGAUACUUUGGCUAUCCAAAAUGAAAUGGAGGUUUCAGCUGCCUUUCAUGUCUUUAUUAGUUUACUUUUUGGACUAGAGCCAUAGUUUUCUGGUAGAUUUGGACCUUGGAGAUCUCUGGACUUAAAUCUCUGGUGUGCCACCAACUCAUCAAAAUGUCCUUGACUAAUCCCAACCUCACUUCCCUUUUGGUUAACGUAGGAAGGAUAGUGAUCUAUUGCAUGGUAUUGUUGCACUGAGGAAUGAGGUGAGGAUUAGAGAGCAGUUUUCUUCUAUCUCAUAAACUGCUAUUGUUGCUGAUCUUAACUAUGUUACACUAAUUUUAUUAAACAGGUCAGAGGCAAACGAUAGUAAGACAAGCAUCAGGUUAAGUUUAUUCUUGAUCUUAACUGGCAUGUUUCCUUCCAGGAGGUAGAGCGGGAGAUUUCAUUCAGGACAGAAUGUGGCCUGUAUUACUCUUAUUACAAGCAGAUGCUACAAGCUCCAUCCAUUCAACUAGGUAUUGUAACUUUUAUUUUCUGAACUGGAUAAAGUACAAAUGGCUCUCAGAAGCACUACUCUUCUGUGUUUUUAAAGAGAAUGCUGGAUUAUCAACUUCCAUCUUCUGUUUGUCGGUGGCUUUUUAUAUAAAUCCCAGGAACACAAACCAAUUGUUAGUGGCAGAAGUGCUUGUCAUACCUGGAGGUGCCUAUUGUUGCUAGAUAGCAUAGAAUUUUAGGUAUUACCUAUAUCAAUGGAAGCAUUACUUUCAUCUUAAACUAUAUGGUUCAGAUGAUACUGAUUUCUAAAAAGUAGACUCAGAGCCCCAGAGCACUCCAUUUGCAAUAAAAGCAGCACUAUUUAUUAGAUUACUUUCCAUGAAUCUACUCCUGGACACACUUAAGUGGUAAGCUCCAUUGAACACAGUAGAACCUACUUCUUGGGAUACACUGUCAUAUGUGGCUCCUAAAGAGGGGGUAUUCUAACUCAAAAAUAAGUGAUGCAAAUUGACUUACUUUCCUUAGACUUUCUCAAAGCAUGUGCAUUUUGACUGGUAUCACCCACCAACCAGAUCUAGUUCCUUGUAAGAAGCCAAAUGACUUUAACAGUAGCAGAGCAUAUUUAAUGAGUAGCAUUCUAGUUUCUAACUUUAAAUUCUCUUGCAGAAGACGUUUACAUUUUAAUGGCUUUUAAAUGCAGGUGUGCCUUCAUUUUAUUUUCUUCUUUCUACAGGUUUACAUCGCUUGAUGUCUGACAAUAAAACUGAGUCCAUGAGGACAAUUAACAUACUUGAAAGAAUGAAUGUUUACCAAGAAGUCUUUCUCAGCAUUCUGUAUAGGGUUUUUCAUAUGAAUGUGAGUGUUUAAUUAUAAGUCCCUGAUAAAUGCACAAGCAUCUUGCCCAAGUCAGUACAGUGACAAGUUUUGUGGAAAUUCGUCUUUACCCAGCAUUAAGUCCCAUUAAGUUUAAUGCGAUUUACUCUAGGAAUUGUGUGUAAGGACCUAAGAAAAGCCCUGCUGGGGCAGGCCAAAGCACCUUGUUCUCACUGUGCCAAACAGAUUCCUGUAGAAAACCAGCAAGCUGAUCAUGAUCACAGCAGCUCUCUCCCACUCAUGAUCCUGAGCAACUGGUAUUCAAAGGCAUACUGCCUAUGACCCUGACAGAAAUGGAUGCCAUCAUGACUAGUCCUAGUCAGAACAGGCCCAUUCAUAUUAAUAAACCCAAUUUAGACACAUUCAAUGGAUCUUCUCUGAGCAGGAUUGCAUUGGCUACCACCCUAAAGUUAAACUGUGUUGUGCAAAGAAGCUCUAUAGUAGAAUCCUAUAUAGGUCCUAUAUUUCAAUGGUACCUACUUCCUGAGAGCCAGUGUGGUGUAGUGGUUAAGAACGGUAGACUUGUAAUCUGGUGAACCGGGUUCACGUCUCCGCUCCUCCACAUGCAGCUGCUGGAUGACCUUGGGCUAGUCACACUUCUUUGAAGUCUCUCAGCCCCACUCACCUCACAGAGUGUUUGUUGUGGGGGAGGAAGGGAAAGGAGAAUGUUAGCCGCUUUGAGACUCCUUCGGGUAGUGAUAAAGCGGGAUAUCAAAUCCAAACUUCUCUUCCUCUUCUUCUUCUUCUAAGUAUGCAUAAGAUUGCAAUCUCAUUUUACAAACAUUCUUAUGAUCGGAAUUGUUGGUUUCAUGCUAAGUCAAGUACUAUUUGUUUAAUGGUUUCCUGUGUUCUUCCUUCACAGAAUUUUUUUGAACCUGUUUAUUUUUACAUCUACACAUUGUUUAGCCUUCAGGCAGUCUAUGUUGCUGCUCUGUAUGUGACCAGCUGGCUUCUCAGUGGAACUUGGCUUUCAGGUGUAUUAGCAGCCUUCUGGUAUAUCACAAACAGGUGAGGAUACUUCUGCAAAUCCUCCUCUGAAAUAAUCCAAUAUUUGCCAUGCUAUAGAAAAGAAUAUAUUCAUUUCUUCAAGUUAGAUUGCUAUAUAUUUUGGAAAGUGGUUUGCCUUCUCGCUGUGCAUUUAGACACCUCUUAGGACAUCAUAACCAAGUUUCACAUGAUGGUUCCUGAGAUCAAGGAGCAGGGUUUUUUUUCUGUGCUUCGAUGGACUCUAUUUUGAAUCAAGAUAGUAGACUAAGCCUUUCAAAACAGAUUUUUUUCUUUUUUGUUUAGAAUUCCCGAGCAACGCAGCUGCUAGUUUUUUCUGGGCAGAUAAGUGUUGCACUAGCAAAGGCAUGUUGGUUUUAGCUCAAGACUUUCCUGUGUAUGUGAGCCUCAGAAUGGGACACAUAAUUUAGAAAAGAUAUGAGGGAGGGAGAAUACAUGGGAAUAGAAUGAGGUAGGUAGCCAAAACAUAGUACAGAAAGGAUUUGAAGCUCUGGAGGCUCUGUAUAAAAAAGAGCCUGUUCUAGUUUAGAAUAACCCUAAGGGGAAAAACUUCCUUUUGUGUAGAAAUGUUGAAAACUGGGCUGUCGGCCACUUAUAGGUGCUUUAGUGCUGCUAAACAUUUAUUUUGUGCCAUUAGUGUCUAGACAGUGUAUGGAGCACAACAUGACACAGUCAAUAAGCUGUCAAUUAACUGGUUUUUAAUAUAUUAAUAAAAAUAAUUGCUGCAAUAUUUCACUGCAGAACAUACUUCGAAGAUGCUCAAUGAAGCUGGCUGUAUUUCCUUGACUAAACAGCGUGUGCCAAUAAUUCUUUUUUCUUUUUUUAAUUUUACAAGUCUUUGGCAUUUGCACAUUGCUGUUCUAGAUUUAGGUGAUCUAUAACAACACAUCAUGUUAACAGGGUCCCCCUCUGAAUGAAAUAAGAUUUUAUCAGUUUACUUGUAAUGCAUUAACUGAAUUAGCCCGAAUGCUUUCUGCCAUAUUUGAAAUUAGUGAAGUAAUAGUCGAUGUCCAUUUUCAAUGUUGAGAUUUGCAUCUUUGUAGAGGACUUGCCCGUUGUUGCUUAUAUGAACCUUUUGCUUUGUUUUCUGCAGAACAGAUACCACCCGGGUGGAAUUCACCAUUCCGUUAAGAGAGAACUGGGCACUGCCAUUCUUUGCUGUUCAGAUAGCAGCAAUUACAUUCCUCUUCAGAUCUCAUUUGCGACCCACUCAUGAAGUGAGCCUUUUUUAAAAGCACAAAAAAGUUUUCUCUUUAAAAUGUAGUGAUAAAUGUUUCUAAAAUAGCCAGUUCAGAGCCACAUUACUCACAGAAACAGGCUUCUAUGUUGUAUCCUUAGUUGCGCGGGGAAUUGCAUGUGAAAAUGCCUCCUGAUGCUGUAGGCAUAGAGACCUUAUAAAAAAAGCAGCAGCCUUGUUGGAUAUGUUAUUCUGGAGAAAAAGGAGGUUUGGAUACUAUCCUCCCACUCCCCUUUUUCACUAGGAUGAUGAUGGUGGUGGUGAUCUUUUUUUGUUAAAAAAUAGAUUUAUUGUUGCAUGUGUGCUCUGUUGGUUCAGAGCCAGAGAGUGUACUUUGAGAUAUGUCUACUUUGGAGUAGGGUUCUAAGAAGGCGUCAUUUUCCAUUCUGCCCCUGUAUUCUUCACAUGAAGUACUAUUUCCCGUUGCAGUUUGUCUUUCACCCAAAUCUAUGUCAUUCAUUUAGCUCUGUGGCAAAAUUACAUAAUUUGCGUAAUUAAUUAAAUAAACUAUGGAAAUUAUGUUGUCAUGAUGUUAUUCCAACCCAUUCAUUUCACUGCAAAGGUAAUUUAGGGUAAAGGAGGGGGACGUAAUAUCAUUUGCAGACUGAAAGCAACUGAAUGAACUGAUUUUUAUUCUGGACAUGGGACAAAUAAGUGACCGCCAACAAUUUCCAUUCCUGUUUCUGUUUUUGUCAGAAUGCUGCAACAUCCCAUUGUAAAUAGAUGCAUGGUAUUUUGAAAUUAUUUAUGGAUGAUGUAUUUUAUUUAUUUUGUAACAGUCUGAUUUUGGGGAAUAGUUUUUGUUUAAAGCUGUUUGAUACAUUGAAAUGGCCAGUAAUCACUUUCCAUUUUUUCCACUACGAUCUUUCCUCAUGUAUCUCAUUUAGCUUAUGUUUUUGUUUUUCCAGAGGCUGACACUUCUGGCAGUAUUUAUUUCAACCUUCCUCUUCAGCUUGGCUUGGCAGUUUAAUCAGUUUAUGUUGUUGAUCCAGGCACUGGUUUUGUUCACACUUGACUGUCUUGACUUGCUUCCUAGAGGAAAGGUAAGCUAAUUGCUUAAUGUGCCGCCAUUGAAAUAAUGGAAAACAGUCACGUUUAGGUGUGCUUGAUUGUAUGCAGUGUUGCGGCCACUGUGUGUGAUUGCAAAGUUUGGAAGUCUGUCUUCAUUAUGAGGAACUCUGAUGAAAUAAUACUGUGCUUGAUGCAAAGUAAACUUGGUUAUGUAUGGAUGUUUAGGAUGGAAUGUCUUGUUUUUCAUAUUUUUCAACUGAAUACUAGAAUCUUGACUUUAAAAGUGCCAUAAAAAAAAAUCUUAACUUGGCGUUGAGAUAUGGGAGUAGUAGAACUGUGUAUCUUAAAGUACUUAACAACAAUGUAAAUCAAUGUCAUGCUUUUUGGGUUGUUUUAUUUAAUUUUUAACAAACAACCCCACAAAGAUCUGCAGGCAAGCUCAAUUUUCUUGGUGGGUAUUCUGCCCUCUCUGUCUUCUGGUGCCAUUUUCUUCAUUACAGGCGGGACUGGUGUGAGCAUUGUGCAAGUUAGAUAAUUCAAAAAAAUGAAGCUGUGGCAUGAACAAUUUCUUAUCAUUAUGUUUGUAGGUGACCUGGAUCUACAUAAUACAGGUGGCUAGUUUGCUGCUUGUUUGCCUCCUACAGUUCUUUAAUUCCAUGAUAGUGGGAUCAUUACUUAUAAGCUUUAAUUUGUCCACCUUGUUAGCAAGAAAACUCCAGGUAUGUAUUUAUCAUGGUUUAGUUUAUUUUGUUAAAAUAACAAUUAAAUAGGGUAAGCUGAAAAGUUGUCUGCUUUGCUACUUGGGUAAUCUUCAUAAAAUUACACAUGGUUAAAUGCCUGCCACCUUUGAUUAGCUAUGUUAGAUGUUAGGGACCAUGACUCAUAAAGAGCAAGUCAUGAUCUCCACAUCAUUAUAGGGAAAUAGCCAUGGUCAGUUUGAAAGCAGAGUUGCUGAUCAAACAGUAUUGGGACUGGAACUCCUUAGUCCUGCUGUCUUCAAGCAUAAUGAGCCCAUGAUAUGCUUUAUGGUCAGGUAUUAUUAUUAUUAUUUAUUAUUUUAAAUGAGUUUCCCUCCUCCAUCCUACUUACAAUCUUGCUCAAUAAGAACUGUUCUCACAGCAGAAUAUCUUCAAGUUUUCUGUUGCUUUUUUUCCACUGCUGCCACUGCCUAUCAUAGUCAUUUUUACAAUCAUUUUUUUCAUUUGCUGUUGGAGACUCGGUGCUUUGAAAACCCUAUUGGCUUCUCUCUUCAAAGAUUUAGUGCUAUCCUGAAAGGAAACCUGAAACUACCUUGAUGCACUAGCAUCAGUACAACAGUGGUUUUAAAAUUAAAAUUAGAUGGACAAGUAGUGCUCAGUAGCGUAGUUUGUUGUUUGAUAGAUCCAUCGUUUACAAAAAAAGAGGGGGAGAAGGAGAAAUAGUUUCUUUCUUCUGUCAUGUCCUCUUAUUUUUCGUGUUCCCUCGUUCAUUCCUACUGGCAAGGAAAAAGCUGCAAAGAAGAAAAUUCAGCCUGUGAAGGUCAUUAAAAGAUGCUAGCAUCCGGCACUGGAAAGCCUCCUGCUUUGGAUUUCCACCAUGCUCCUGUUCCUUCUUACCCAGAAUGCUGAGUGAGCCCCUCCUUUCAGCAACUGCUGAAAGCUGAUGGCGCUCAAGGAGCUCCUCCCCACCAGCGACUGCUGUUUUGAAAGUAUCCAGAAAGCCCAUCACCAAACUCCCAAAUAAAUCUAGUCUCUACCAGUGCCAAAGGGUGAAAGCAGUACUUUUUUAGGGUGAAGCCUCCAGAGGGGACCACCUCUAGAGGGGCUUCAGUCUAAAUCUUGUUCAGCCUCAAGGGUGGUACCUGUCCCCCUUUCAUCUUGGAGUGGUUCAUUCCAAAUGGGUCAGUCCAUGUCAAAGUAACAGAGCCAUUAAACUGGCAAAAUAGCACAAUGUUUUCUCACAGUUCAGCCUAUGGAAAUGUUAAAAGUUCCAACAGUGAAUGCCCCAGUGGUGGCGCUCCUAUCAGGCAUCGUAUUAUCUAAGGACAAUGACAUGUCUCUUUAGGACAGAGUGAAAAGACCAAAGGGGCACUUAAUGGGUCCCAUGAGGCUUCUGCACUGGUUCUCUAGGCUGCUUCCACUGGUGCUCCUUUUCCCAGGGCAUCCCUCCCAAGGCUGGAAGAAUUAAUUCAAAACAAAGAGCUUAAUGACAGAACCUUACAUAGGCUGCUAGGAGGAGAUCUCUGCUCACGUGGAAAUCUUCAUCUAUAUUCACAAGGCACCAUGAAGUAGACAUCUUCACCUCUUCAAGGAGAGCUUUUGUCAGGAGUGGGCUUCAGCAUGUCUUCCCACAGAAAUUUCAGCUAUAAGCACCGUGAUUGGAUUUACCCGACAGUUAGGUUAGCUAGGACAUUAUCACAUCAGUAAUGGAUGCUUCUUUUACAUCAAAUUUUACGUAUUCACUGUGGAUUUUCUUUUUGGCUUGGAGUGAACGAGGCAUCUGCGCCACAGCCUGGUGAGUCAGUGCACAUUCAUACAAACCAUGCAGGAUAGGACUUCCUUGAAGACCUUAAAAUGCAAGUCCCCCGUCUUGUCUGGAGGGAUUAGCCCCUUAGUAAUCAAUGCCUCAUACACCCCAAACCAGAAAAAACAUUCACUGUGAGUGCCCAGUGUUCCUUUGCAAACACUAAAAUACCAUUGCUUACAUUUUCCAGAAUAACCUGAAAACUGGUGGCUUCUUUAGCAGGCUUGGGAAGCUCUUCCUUCACAUACUCUUAGUGCUGUGCUUGACAUUUCUUGUAAAUAAUUUUAUUAAGGUGAGUAAAUCCUUUUUUUUCUAUCUUUUUUCCAAUUGAAUCUGUAUAGUAUCUUGUUCAAUAUGUAUAACAGAUUUACAGUGCAAUACUAUGUUUGUUCGCAUAUUAUAUGCAUUGGUUUGUAACCUUAAAUGGCUUUAUGUGCAAAUUCAUAGUGCGUUUGUAAAGAAAUUUUGUUUCUUAUUUGUCUGUACAACAGACAAAAUUGAAUUUAGCAUUCCAAAUGUGUUCUGCUUUUACAAAUGCUUUGCUUUUCCCUAACAUUGUAUAGCUACACACACAAAUGGAAUAUGUAGCUUUACAUUUGGGAUGCCUAAAUAUACAAUGAACUUCAACUACAUGCCGAUGUUCUGCUUUCUUCUUUUCACAUCCUUCCUCAGUCAGUUUAAACCAGGGGUGGGAUACUGGGUCCAGCCAGAGGAUGGAUCUCGAACUUGCCCCCUCUCUGCACACCUACCUGUCAGUCACCUGAUCUAAUAUGAUGCUGGGCUAUUUAAAUUUCAACUCACAGGAACAAUCACAGAUUUAAACCACCUAACAAACAACGUUUAAACCAGCAAUGGGGAACCUCUGGCCCACUGGUACUACAACACUAAGAUUGGAGAUGUGUCUCUGCUGCUGCCUUUUUCUAUCAGGGAUCAAGCAGAGGCUUAUAGCUGAUCUCAGUGCUGUGGAAUACAAUUUUAAGAAAAACCAAAGGGGGGAAAAGUGGCACUUGUGAAAUGUUGUGAUGGUGAUGGCAGAGUUGUCUUCACAACUAAAAGAAAGUAAUAACUUUUAUUUUCUCUCUUCACAGAAAGUUCUUAAUCUGGAGUCAGAUGAGCAUAUAUUUAAAUUUCUGAAGGCAAAGUUUGGAUUUGGAGCAACAAGGUAUGGUAUUGUUCAGAGUUCAAAACAAAAUUGUUUUCCUCUAGAUUUUUGGCAUGGGAGGGACCCAAAUUUCUAGUAAACAGGUUUACUAGCCAACCUGUGCCGUAAGACCGGCAGUGGAGGCUCUUCAGGUUGUCCCAUUGGCAGGGAUGGUGAGACAGAAUAGGGUUUUCUCUGUGAUGCUGCCCAGCGAUAGAAUACCCCAUCCCUAAAGGUUGGUUACCCUCUAUGUUGAUGGACUUCCAGCACAAAAUACUUGUUCUAUUUCACUUUUGGUGGUACUGAAACCAGGGUUUCAGAAUUUGGGGGGCAUUACGUCCACUGCUGUAGUUUAUUGCUUUGUUUGAAAAACCCAGGGAUUUGUUUGAAUGAAGGGCAAGUUAGAAAUGCAACAAAUAGCAAUAAGGCAGCAUGGGCUCUUGCUUGUAAAUUCUGAGUUGUAGUUACUGAUCUUGCUUGAGCACUUUCUAACAUGCAACUUUAGGACUAAUUUUCUUAUAUUUUUAAAAACGCACACAUUAUGCCAAUAACUUUGCAAUGUUGACUUGUCUUCCUUUUCUUUAGAGAUUUUGAUGCUAACCUGUACCUGUGCGAGGAAGCUUUUGGUCUCUUGCCUUUUAAUACUUUCACAAGACUUUCGGGCACUUUAGUUUUCUAUGCCUAUAUAUUUGUGCUCUUGGUGAUGACCAUAACAUCUGCUGUGGUUGCUUUUCAAAAUCUCAGGUAUGUCUGUUUCUAUCUUGCAGGAUUAUGUUUUCAGUGCAGGGGGUCUUUUUCCUUUCUUGUUGAUAAGAAGAGGAAGACAUGAACAGAGUCAUAGUUCAGCAUCUGGGCAUGCUUGCCUCAGAUUUGAGCCAAUUAUCUAAGAGAGAAUUGGUUUUCUGAACCCAAGAUAUAUAACUCUGGCAGUGGCAGCCUCAGUUUUUAAAAUGAUGUGUAUAUUGGCUAGUUCACUUGCUGAAGCAUGUCACUGUAGCAAGGUUUGGUUACUGAUGCAUUUCAGGCCAGUAGUCAGCACAGUCCAGAAACCACAACAAAUUUAAUGCUGCUCGAGUAGAGUUAAUAAGGCCUAGUUUCCAGUGAGGCAGUAAACUUGUGUCUUUGCUAUACGACUUAAGCCAACAGAUGCCCAUCACAUAACAAAAUAUUCCUCCAUACACACACACACAUCCUUCCAAUGAAACAUUGCAUGUUAGAGAGAACAUAGCCUUAUACAGUGGUACUUCAGGUUAAGUACUUAAUUCGUUCCGGAGGUCCGUACUUAACCUGAAACUGUUCUUAACCUGAAGCACCACUUUACCAAAUGUGGCCUCCUGCUGCCGCCACGCCUCUAGAACAUGAUUUCUGUUCUCAUCCUGAAGCAAAGUUCUUAACCUGAAGCACUAUUUCUGGGUUAGCAGAGUCUGUAACCUGAAGCGUAUGUAUCCUGAGGUACCACUGUACUGAGCUAGACCAUUGGUCCAUCAAACUCAUUGUUGCCUCUCCCCUGACUGGCAGCAGCUCUCGGUGGAAUUUAUGCUCACAGCAAACAACAACUUUAAUUACCAGGAAAAAUAGAUCAUUUUUGCUCCCAACCUCAUAGGCCACUUUUGGAUAUUUUGCAAUGGUAUGCAGAAUUGUUGGUCAUUUUCUGUGGAUUUUUUCUUUUGACUUUUGUUACAAAAGUGAUUCACCUGGGCAGGGGGAAAUCUACUGGAACCCAAGUAAAAAUGACCAAGUAAAUGGAGAUAGAUAGAUGAUGAUAGAUAGAUAGAUAGAUAGAUAGAUAGAUAGAUAGAUAGAUAGAUAGAUGAUAGAUAUUGUAGAGAAGGUGGCUCUGUAGAACUGGAUUCUCAUCUGGGAAACUUUUGUCAGCUUUAUCCCAACACUUGCUAAUUCCUAGUAGCAGCUGAGACCAGUAUUUUGUGUAAAACCAGGAGAGUACUCCUAACUGCAAAUUUGGUAUUAGCUGUCAACCAUCUGUUUCCACACACCCCUCCUCAAACAUUUAUGUUUCAUUUGUAGUAUUAUGAUGUGCAAAUAAAAUUAUUUGUUUUUCAUAUUUAUUUCACUCAUGUUCCACCGUUUGCCAGUCCAGCUUGAAAGCAGAAAAUCUUGCACAGGGGAAUAUUUAAAGCACUCGGCAAGCAUGAAAAAUCUAUUAGUAUUGCCUUAGAAUGUUUUAUUUUCCCUGGAACCAGGAGGUUCCUUUGAACUGCAUACAAAUGUCCUGUUUUAAAAUAACGUAUUGCUAAUGUAGCCGUGCUCCUUUUCUUUUGUUUCCCUCUCACUCAGUGGCUCUGUGAACAACAAACCUGCGGAUAAACUGCAAAAGUGCAUAACUCUGCUGAAACCAGGUGUUGCUUACAAUUUAGUGCACACCAUUCUGUUUGGAUUGCUGGCUUUGAGCACAAUGAGGUACCCUUUAUCUGACACAUCAUACAUAUUGGGCACUGGAUAUUACAUGUGGAGUAUAAAGUACCAUAUAAAAUAGACUAUAAAUUCCUAUUCGGUCUGUUUACCUUACUUUUUCCCCAUAACAUAUGUCCCAGUUAUGAAAUAAAAUUGUCCUGUGGAAACUGGACUCAAACUAGGAUACAGAGGGAUUUUACUUCCAGCUCUAUUUGAUGAGCUGCCAGAACUGAUUUUCAAAAAAAGUAUCUUUGUAGGUGCUUUAAGAUACUGAAUAUUCUGGAAGUAAAAUAAAGUUAUUUUUUAAAGUCUGUAUGCUGUUACAGAUUACAUUAUCUAUAUACUAUUACUGUUCAACUUGCCUCCACAUUCUGCAUUUUCUUUCUUUCUUUUCAUCUUGCAGGAUGAAAUAUCUUUGGACUUCCCACAUAUGUGUGUUUGCAGCUUCUGGUCUGUGCAGUUGUGACAUGUGGGGCCUGAUCUUGAGAUUUGUCCAUCUUUACACACCGCAAAGGGUUAGUUAGAGCUGUUACGUGCUAUUGCUUUGCUUGUUUUCAUUGAUGUGUGAAAAAUCCAGUUCUUUAAGGGGUAGCCUGAGGUGAACCACCACACGCUUAAAACAGAUUUGCAGUACGCUGGAGGGAAAGUGUUUAGAUUUAUAUAUGGUUUAAUCUGGAAUUCAGGGUGCAUUUUGGGAGUGUAACUUAUUAAAGGAAUUCUGUUUAAGUCCACUAGAUGGUGAUGUUGCAGAAGCUAUGGAAUGCAUUUUUUUAAAAAAUAACACUUUUCAUGAAAAAUCAAAGUGACAACAGUAUAUAAUUUUUCACAUAUAGCCCAAUACAAUAUUUUGCGCUUCACAGAAGCUAAAUUAAUACACAGUAUUUUGUUAAAGUUCUUAAUGGAAUUACUUUUAGAGAAGGAAAUUGCUAACACAAAGAGGCUCUUUGACCUAAAAAGCAAUUUGUGAAGCAGCUCCUGUUGUCUCUGUUCUCAGAAUUUGUUGAUCAUUCAUUGACAGUGUUUUAUUUCAGUAAAUGUAAUUGUUGUUGUUUUCUGCCUAGGUAUCUGUGAUUAGAUAUCUGACACCAGUACUCAUAUUACUGUAUCUUUGUUACAAGGUAGGGCUCUUUGUUAGUCUGUAUCUUUCUUUUAAGGAAAAGUACUUUUAGAAAAUAAGGAAAAUUUAUCAGCCACUAAGAGCCAUUUCUCCCUAUUACAUUUGUCCAUGAGAGAUAUACUGCCAUGCGGAGAAAGGUCACAGUCAACCAAUGGUAUGCACAGAAGUAGACUCCGUGAUCAUGGCUGCACUUUUGCCAGAGACGGCUGCCAGAUUGCCAUGUGUACCACACCCUGCUCACAUUAACUUUCCUUCACACUGUCAAGUACAGGCUAGUUUCCCACAGGCAUCUGGUUGGCCACUGUGAGAACAGGAUGCUGGACUAGGUGGACCAUUGGCCCGAUCCAGCAGGCUAUUCUUACAUUCUUACCUAUGUACAUGAGAAAAUCAUUUAUGUGAAUUAUGUUACACUAGGAAUAUUUUCCCCUCAUCUCAUAUAUCAGGAAAUCAAACCACCCAUCAGCUCCCUGAUUUCUAUGCCGAUAUUUUUUUUAAUAUAUGAAGUCACACUUCCUUAUACAAUAAUUUCUAUCAAUGAAGACAUAACUUGAAAAAGAGCUGUGAAAAUAAUAGUAUUCAUAACCAACCUGACUCUGUAGCGGAAUGGCAUUUUCUUUACACCUGUGGAAGGAGACCUGUGAUAAUAUAUUCUGUAUACCGGUCGUUGGUCCAGUUAAACCCUGUUACCUCCUUUGAACAGUACAUUUUUGCAGAUAUGGCAUUUACAAGUUACACUUUCAUAAAAGUGAAACUGAAAACCACAUUCUGUUGACAUCAUAAAAUGUGGCACCUUUAUUAACUUUAUUAACUUUACCUGGGCCCAGAGACUGGGCCCAAGGACCUGCACUCUGGCUUCCUGCGAAGAACCAUCAGAUUGCCAGGUACCAUGGAUAGGGCUUUUUCAGUGUUGGACCCACAUCUUUGCGAGUUCCCUCCCACACAAGGUUCAUUUAGAGUGGACCCUCAUUGGUGGCUUAAGUACCACUUUUUAAAAACUCAGCCUUUUAUCCUUAUUUGACGUUGUUUCAGUUGCUCCUGUUUUAGUUGUUUGAUAUUUAUUAAUUUAUUAAUAGUUUAUUAUUAAUUGCUGUAAGCCACCUUGUGAAGGUUUUGCCCUAAAGACAACUUCUCUAGUCAGACUGCCCCCUCUCCUAACUCCAGGCCACGUUUACAUUUUAUGUCAUUUAUUUUAGUAUUUUAAAAUGGUAAAUCUCCUUGUGUGCUUUGGUGGGAAGGUGCUAUAUAAAUGCAACAUAUAUAUAUACAUACACACACACACACACACACACACACACACACACACAAAAUCUGGAUACAAAUACAUUAAACAAAUAAAUCUCAUUGCUAUCAUUGGAUAAAUAUUUACAAGGAUAAUUAAACAUAUAACUUACAUUCUGCAAGAAUUGUUUUGUUUUCUGAACCUGUAGGUUUUUUCUUUUUCUUUAUAUAAUAUUUUUAUUAAUUUUCACCAAUAGUAAAAUAGAUAAACAUAUCAACUUAACAAAUUUUGUCAUUUUUGGACUUCCAUCAGUCAUUCUGACAAUCAUCCGAAUUAAAAUUUUUAGUUACACAUUUCCUGAGUUUCCUAUUGCCUUUUAACAUACCCAUCCACACCUGUUUUUCUUUCUUACAAUUCUUUAAAUGCCACUAACGUUAUUUCAUUAUCACUUAUACCUCCCCAAUACUCGACUAAUUUUCCCCAGUCCUCGAUAAACUUUUGAUCUUGUUGGUAUCUGAUCUUCCCUGUCAUUUUAUCAAGUUCUGCAUAGUCCAUCAGCUUCAUUCUCCACUCCUCCAAAGUAGGUACUUGUUCCUGUUUCCAUCUCUGGGCCAAUAAUAUUCUUGCCGCUGUUACUGCAUAUUGGAAAAGUUUACAGUCCUUUCUGUUUAUUUCAUUUCCUAUGAUUCCUAAAAGGAAAGCCUCUGGUUUCUUAGCAAAUGUAUAUUUCAACAUUUUUUUCAAUUCUUUAUAUAUCAAUUCCCAGAAGCUCUUCACUUUCUUGCAUUCCCACCACAUAUGAUAAAAGGUACCAUCCUUUUCUUUACAUUUCCAACAUUUCUUACAUGUUUUAUACAUUUUUGCAAGUUUUACCAGUGUAAUGUACCAUCUAUAAAUCAUUUUCAUAACAUUUUCCUUUAACACAGUACAUGCAGUAAACUUAAUGUUUUCAUUCCAUAAUUUAAUCCAAUCUUUAAAUUGUAUAUUGUAGCCAAAAUCUCUGGCCCAUUGUAUCAUGACAGAGAACCUGUAGGUUUUUUCAGUACUCAGUUGAAAGGCUCAUUGCAAAUAUACUCUGUUUGCUACGUAUGAGCCAUUUUUAAAGCAACAAAUGUUCACUGUAGUACUCUUUACUGAUUGGUGUUUUACUUCACUACACUUUUAAAAAUAGAAACUGCUGCAAGAUGUGUCUUUUUUUAUUUUUAGCUCUCGCUUGAAAGCAAAUGGUGGCAGAUACCAACUUUUAUGCAUAGAUCUCUAAAGAUUAUAUCAUGCGGCACCAGGCUUCAUACUGGCUGAUGAGUGCAAAGGUUGCCCUCUCUCUUCUCAAUAAGCAGACCAACUAGUGCUGUCAGCUCUGACAGCCUUAAUCAGCUCUGCUGGGGAGACAGAAGGGUAUGCCUCAAUUUAGUCCUACCCAGACCCCUUCCAACUGGGGAUCAAAUCUGACCAGCUCAGUCAUAUUUUUAUGCACAUCAAAGCAACGUGCAUAGAACCUGGGGCGCUGGGUGCCCUUUCUGUCACCUGCCUGUGGGUUCCCCUCUGCAUCACCUUCCCAUGGAGGCAGAGGCAGAGGCAGAAGACCUCUCAUAUCAUCAAAACCUUUCUCUACACUCCCUGAAUCCCCUCCAGUUUUUGCACAAGCAGUUCCAGUUAGUUAUGUCCUGAAACUCUUUGUAAGUAGCAUCUCGUUUUCAGUAAGUAGGUUGAACUACCUUCUGUGGAUACAUUUUUUCCCAAGCAAAAUAUACAUUAGCUUCUCUCCUCCCAAACCUGUGGUGGUUUUGGGGGGGGAUUAUAACCUAAUCUCGAAUAAGCUAAUGAAAGCUUCUUUAGAGACAUGUGGUUGCUGUAAGUCCAGAUACAUUGCUUGAAAUAUUUAUUUGUUCAACUUCAACUGUGGCUGUUUGUUUAACCCUUUCCCUGCUCCCUAUUUUCCUGGUCCCAUACAAACACACAUUCCAACCAUCUCCUUUUCUCUAUGUGACAUUCUGGACAUCCUUUUGCCCUUGCAAACACACACCUGGAACCUCACGGGGAGAAACAUGGCUUCUGGGGGUGAAAAGCGACAGGCAAGGAAGUGGAUGAAACAUCCCCCACUGACCUCCCUCUUGCCACCAUGCUUUCCGUAAACAAAGCAGCCAGUGAGGAGGGGGAAGGUUUCAAAAUUAGUUCAUUUUUGGGGAUGGGAGGAGGGGUUGUCCUGUCACUUGCUGUCAUGGAAAAUCACUUUUCCUUCAAGUGGCUGGUGAUUUGUGAGAUCUGUUUUUGGACACAAUGAACAGAACACCAUCUUCACUUGCAGUACAUCUUGCUGCAGCCUCCCAGCUUACUGUUCUUUGUGUAGGCCUGCUUUAGUCCAAACCGUUCCCAUUUGUAAUGUUUUAAAACACAAGGCAGCUGCUGCUGAGCAGAGCACAAAACCUACUUCUUCGUAUGACUGGGAGAUCAGUCAGGUUUUCCCACUCAUUCUCUAAAAGCAGCCAUUUCUAACUGCUACAGAAUUGAGCUCCAUCCCAGUAUCUGACAUGUGGAUUAUUCUCUGUACUCUCCCCCCCCCCCGUGUGGUUUUUCUUCUAGUUCUGGCCUGGUGUGAUGGCUGAGCUGUCAGAGCUGAGGGAAUUCUAUGACCCAGACACAGUGGAGCUGAUGAACUGGAUUAAGUAAGAGGAUUUUUACUUUAUUUAAAUUAGACGCUCUUUAGAGUUAGCUGAUGUUCUUAGUGUUGCUGCUCUCUGGUUCCAUCGGUGACCUAUAUUGACCAAUUCCAGAAAGCAGGCAAUGUAACACGGAGAAGCUUUUGGCCUGUGGUUAGUGAUUUUGUUGCAAUCACUGUGCGCAAUUCCUCUUGACUACAGCAACUUCUUAUAGUUUUUGGCUAGAACAUUGAUGGCCAGCUUCAUCAUCAUGGGUGGCUGGAAUCUCCCAGGCAAGGUGUUUGGAGGCUUGAACCUACACACUCCACUGCAUGGUAGCAACUGUCUCAAGAACCUUCCCAGAUGGGUCAAGCCCUACUCAUCUCUUGCCCUCCACAACUAAACAACAUGGUAGGCACCACUUCCAGUACAAAGAAAAGAUAUUACAGAAGAUUUUCACAGGUGCUUAAGUGAUGUUCUCUCACUGUGUGCUGGGAGGAAGUACCUAACAUGUUAUUCAGCUUGGGUGGGGUGGGGAGCUAUACCCAUUCCAGCAAGGCUUCCUGGAGUUGAUGCCAUUAUGGAGCAUCAGAAUGUGGGCGGGGGGGAGGCUUCAGCCCUCCUGCACCUUGGCUUGGAGAGUCCAGUCCUUCCCCCACCCCAACUGCUAUGUUGGAAAUGGCCCCCAACCUGGCACCAGAGAGAGGCAUUUGGAGACCACAAGAUAUGGCUGGAUGUGACCUGUGGGCCUCCUAUUUCGUUUAUCCUUGACCUAUAGCUUCCUCUAUAAAAAGUGGUGCUGCGGGGGUGGAAGACUUUGUCAGUUAGCGGGAUAUGUUUGCCUCUUGCAGCACUGCAUUGCUGCUUCUUUUUUUACCUUUUUUUCCUCUUUUUUUGGGUAGGGUUAACAGACAGUGUAAUUAUUCAUGAGUAAAUAGGUAAUAUAAAUCUUCACCACCAUUGUGAAUGCAGACCAAAGUCAUCUCCAUCCCUUUGCUACCAUAUUGACAUGUUCUCAUGACUAAUGUUCACCAGCCAGGGGUCUUUAGUACCACUUCUGUAUUAAGAGAUGCUAAAUGUUUGAUAGCCCUGGUCUCUGGAGUACAAUAUGCAGUGUUUUAUAUAUAGAUUUAUACAUAAAAUAUACAUGGGGCUUUGGUUUCAGCCACAAACUGGAUUUGACUGGUUGCAAUGAGAGCAAUUUUUCACACAAGCCCAGAGCAGAGAAUACUAAACUGCUGCUUAUCCUCUUUUCCUUUUAAAUCAUGACAGACACUUUUUUUGUUGUUUGCUACUUGGAAUUUAUUGUGUCAAAGAGCGAAUGUUAUGCACGUAAGGAGAAGUUAAUUACUUUUGCAUUAACAGCAGUCGACAACCAAUUUAUGCCUUGCACCUGAAACUGGGACUGAUAUGUUCUUGCCUUGUAAGCUCCUGGUGUCAGAAAUGAUUCAGUCAUUAUUCAUUUGGCCCCUUUAAAAGUUCAGCUGAACUUCAUCUCAUUCAGGGUUUUCUGCAUAGGAUAACUUUUUUUGUUUUGUUUUGGCUUGCAGUUUUCUGCCUCAGAAAGGUUUUGAAAGCCAAAUUUAUCAUUACGGACCAUCAGGCUUUCUUAAGAAGGUGUUAUCUGAAAGGGGGUGUGCUAUUCAAUAUACAGUGAAUUGUGCUGCAUGCUGUACAUCAUGUUUUAUUCCCGUUCUUGUACAGUAGUGGACUGGAGCCUAAGGACCCUUGACCACCUUGCUUCCAUAUUCCUAUCUCCUUUACCUCCCAGUUCAUGUUGUAACUGUCAGUUCCUCUCUCUCUCUCUCUGUGUGUGUGUGUGUGUCUAAUGUAUUAUGGAAGUUUUGCACAACGCUGCUUUUGCACAAAAGCUCUGAAUUAAAAACUUAAAUAAAACAAUUAAAAGAUUGAUUUAUGAUCUGCAAAUGUGCCUUCAUUCCCAAUUCAUGUUUGGCUGUGGAUUACUGUUUGUAUUUUUAAAUUAUUGUUUUUAUACAGAGGUUUUGUGCAAGAGCAGUCUUGCCAAACCUUCAUAUUAAAAAACAAACACAAAAAAGAGGUUGAUUUAUGUUCUGCAAACGUGCCCCCAGUGUGCAGCAAUUGGAAAUAAGCAUCAUUUUGUCCAAUGAAGGAACAAAUGCCUUCUGUACCUGCUGGUUCUUCCUGAGGGGACAGUUUUAUUUUUAAUACAACUGUUUUGUGCAAUAGCAGUUUUGCACAAAACAGCUUUUUUUAAAAAAAGGGAAAUAUAGCAUAAAGGUGCCUUCAGCAUCAACCAGAAUAAGCAGGUGUAUGCUGCAUCCUUUUGUUUGGGCUAAUGGAACUAAAAUGGAUAGGUUGUGCUGAAAUGAGGAACAAAGUAGGGGUGUGUGGCAGUGGGCAGCACUCAGUCAAACUUCUAACCCCCAUAAAAAUUGGCUUUUCUAAAAAGUGCUUCCUGGUACAGUGGUACCUCGGGUUAAGUACUUAAUUUGUUCCGGAGGUCCGUUCUUAAACUGAAACUGUUCUUAACCUGAAGCACCACUUCAGCUAAUGUGGCCUCCCGCUGCCACCGCGCUGCCGGAGCAUGAUUUUUGUUCUCAUCCUGAAGCAAAGUUCUUAACCCGAGGACUAUUUCUGGAUUAGCGGAGUCUGUAACCUGAAGCGUAUUUAACCUGAAGUGUAUGUAACCCAAGGUACCACUGUAUCUUCCUGUUCUUUGUUACUUUAUGCCUUGAAGCUGCAUCAGCGGCCAUCCUAAUUCUCUAGAAGUCUCAAAGUUCUGACAUUUCUAAUAUUGCAUUUAGAAGUGUCUUGUAGAUACAUUAUUUGCAGCACUAAGCUCUAAAGUGGAGGAGCUCAAAAUGUGCAUAAAAUGUUCAUAAUUUAUCUCUUCUGAUUUGACCAUCAAAUAAAUCUUCCUCUUUAAGCAUGACUUUUUGCUUUGAAUUUUCCUAGAAUCUUAAGCAGGGUUCUUUCCACCCACCUUCCUCCAAAAUCGUACAUGGAGCCCUGUAAUUCCCAUUAAAGCUUUCUGUUGUAAAUGAGUUAUUUUGUAGUAAUCCUAUAAUUCUUAAAAGUGUAGAUAAAGCAGAGGUUCCCAUUUUGUAUUAUAGUGCUCAGUUUACCCCAUUAGUUCAGCAGUAAUUAACUUGUUGAAGCUUAGAGCUUCAAAAAUAAAUGAGAUUAUUUGUUCAAAAUGCCAUCAGGUCCGCUUGGAAUGACAUUUAAAUUACAUAAUGUAAAUCAGUUUGACCUGUAAGUCCUUGUCAUUAUUUAGUGACAUUUCUUGCAGAAUAAAUUGUUUGCAGGUUGGGCAGCCCGGUUAUGGAGCUUGGCAGAAACCUAUAAAAACAAAUUAUGCUUUCAUUUUAUACAUCAUUUGUUCAGACAUUUGUAAAAAUUGCUUCGUUUUUCCAUAAUGGAAAAGUGUCAUUUGGGCCUUUGAAGACAUUAGCUGUGUAAGAUUCAGGCUGAGCUUUUUAGCAGCUGCAUUGGGCAAUAAGGAUUAGAGCAGAGGAAUUCGGUGUUCCUCUUUGCAAUGUGCCUAAGACCAUGCUGGCUAAUUGUCCCCCUUUUGUGGUCAUUCCCUGGGAGAAUUACUCUACAUUUCUGCCACUUAUUUGUAGUAAAUUCAACCAUUAAGGAGAUCCAAGGGAAGAAGCACAGGUGAAUCCUGACUCCUCUUUUCUUCCUUCUACUGAAGCACCCCAGUUGAAUUUGUAGACCUCAUCUCAUUUUCAAAAUCCUGGUGAAAUCGCCACCAGUGGAGCCAUGGCAGAAUCUGACAAGUCAGGAAGAAUGUGCCCGGCUCUGGAUAGAACUAGGCAAAACCUGACAGGGGUCAUGGUUGAUGACUGGCAGAGUCAGAAGUCAGCUGGGUUUUCAGCUCCAAGUGCUGGUUCCCACAUAGAAUUGACAUUUACUGCUUGGACCAGUAAAACAUUGACUGUUUGGUGAUCCUAAUUGCUUAGGUCAUCAGCCAAGGUCCUGCUCUGGGUCUCUCUGCCUUCAGAGGUUAGGCCUUCUCAGUGGUGAUGCCUAGUCACUGGUGACCCUGUCUGAUCUCAUCACUGUUAACCUUGUUAGGCAUCAAAUUGUUGCUGUUUUCCUGGGCCUUAUCUUGAAUGAUGCCCGUCUUUUGCUCUUUAUUGCUGCUGGCUAUUUAAUUUGAUUAUGCUUAGUUUUGUGAUUCAGUUUCAUUAUUUGUUGCAUUAAGAGAUCUUUCAGCUGGGUGGAAAGAUUAUAAAUUAAAUAAUUAAAUGAUUUUUUAAAAGUCCCAGAAUACUUACCAUGGAUGAGGUCCCAGAUCUCUCAUAUUGCAAGAGACAUAGGAAGUGCAUGGGUCGACCUAACGGUCUUCUUUCAAUCUGACUUUUCAACGGGUGCUGCAUUGGCCCUUGGCAGAGUUUCUUCCAGCUCAGAUGGUUGAGGUCUCAGCUUGAGACCUGUCUGGAAUUCAUCUCCCAACUUGGGCUAAUGGGGAGAGAUGAUUACGCACACGCAUCACAUUAAGUUCUUCUGCCGAUUCAUAUGCUGAGACCACCUCGCUUCAUGGUAUUUGUGACUUUGAAUAUUUUAAAUGUAAUUAUAAAAUAUUAAACCGGAGCAAAGAGAUUUUUCAAAAGAAGCUGGCUUUAGAAGUCAAAGAGAAACUGACAGUUUUCUUUUUUCAUCAAAAGUUUAAAUGGCUUGCUAAAAAAUAUUAACUCUGCUAUCUGUAUAUGAGAUUCACUUGGCCUUGUAAGAAGUUUUAAAGCAGCCCUGUGGUAUGUCUUGCAUCGUUGCUACAAGUUUUCUCCUUUGGGGCUAUAGCAAACAUUUAUGGUUGUCUCUUAAUAUAUUCAAAGUUUGAUCAGAUAAUUCAAUGGAAAAUUAAGUGAGAGCUUAAAUAAUGUGCAAUAACUUGGGCAGGUACACAUAGUUAAGUGUAGAGAAAUGUUCAUGUUGGCAGCUUUCCAGCUUUCUUGAAAUGAUCUCUUCUCUUUGUUUGUUAAAUUGUAUACCUUCAAUCAGGUAUCUGCAAUAACAACAUGGGCAUCUUAUUUCUGUUGUUACUUAUGAUUACAGUACAGCCAGCCUGGGAUUGUAUUACUUCAGGAUGAGUGUUUUAAAGGCCUUAUCCCUUAUAAGCAAGAUGCUUUUGCCCUUCUGAAUUGCAUGGCUUUUACUAGGAUGGUUGACCUAACUCUUACCUGCAUGGACUGUUGCCUUAAUUCUUAAGCCUAUCCUAAAACCCCAAAAUGAAGUCUGGUCAAAAGACAUGGGGCUUGAGGGAGUUGCAGGGGCAAAUAAGUGUGUGUGUAGAGAUGGUCCCCUCUAGAGCCCCACAAGGCCUAAGUCUGCCUCCAAUGGAGACAAAAUCUGCGACUUUGGGUAUGUAUUUGCCAACUCUCAGUCCUUGACUGCUUCUUCAUCUUUCGCUCCAGUUGCAAAGAGAGUUGCCAGAUAAAACCCACUAAAGUGAUAUUCCCUCCAUCAGUCUCGGGGGCACUUGCUUGAGAAAGCUGUUCAAGUCCUUUUGAAAAGGACUGGGGUUUUUACAUCCCUUGUCUCUCUUUCUUUAACUAGAUCAGCACACAGACACACACACAAAUCACAUUAAUUGUCUAAGAACUAAUUAAUUUAAAACAAAAUUAAUUCUUGCAACCAAAUGUAGCUGUUUUGCAAGCAGAUGUGAGGAUAUAGGAAUUUCUCUUGUCUAUAUUACAAAGUAUAACUUUAGCUAUACAGUUAUACCAAUAUGAUAAUAAAGUUGUUCUUAAUAUUUGCCCAGGUCUAACACCCCCAAGAAGUCAGUGAUUGCAGGAAGCAUGCAGCUCUUAGCAGGCGUCAAGCUGUGUACAGGAAGGAUUUUAACAAAUCACCCCCACUAUGAGGACAAGAGCCUGAGAGAAAGAACAAAACAGGUAAGGGAGACCUUCUCAGCAAGUCCUUACAGCUGAGCCAUUGGUCAGGCCUGGCAUAAAGUUAUUAAUGGGUGUAGCUAAAGGAAGCUCCAUUGUCUCCCACCAACACCUGGCCCAAGUCAAACAUUCAUUGCAAGGCACUCAGCAGUGAUUAAAAUGAAAUCAGUAUUACCAAAACUGUUUUCUGAGGGAACAGAUGCACUGUUUGGGGGUUCUCCUUGAUCCACCAUUAUCACAUAAGGCCCAACUUGUAAUCAACACACCAACAGCAACUGCACCUGGACCUAACAUAAUCUGGUAUUGAGAACCUCAAGACUUAAUUACUGAGUGCGUUCUAUGCAGUGCUGCCAUUAGGUCUGGUCAGGAAGCCAUAGCUGGUGCUAGACUGCUAAGUUUGACAUCCCAUCCCAAACACAAACUUGAUGCUGAGCCAGAUUUAAGGUGCUGCUGUAACUUACGUAGCAAUCUUGUAGAGAGUAUUCCCUUCCUUUAUAUUUCAGAAGUUGUACAUUCAGAUUCUUUGGUCUUUUUUUUGUACCCAUUUCUUAUCCAUAUCUCUAUUUUAGUCAAUGCAAAAGAGCCACACUAAGCCAGACAAAAGAUCCAUCUUGCCCAGUGUCUUAUUUCCCACAAUAAUUAGCAGGGUGCUCCCAGGAAGUCCACAAGCAGCCAUCAAGGCUGCAAGCCAGUUCCUGCUGUUACCUGCCAUCAAGUCGUAUUCCAUGGUAUACUUUCUCUGAAUACAGAGGGCCCCAUCAUGACUAAUUGACAGACUUCUUCACGAAUUUGUCUUUUAAAGCCAUCUAAGGCAGUGACUGUUACCAUAUCUUGGCACAGUGAAUUUCAUACUUCAAUUUUGUGUUGCGUGUGUUCUUCCUUUUGUGUGUUCUGAAAUAUACCUCCAUCCAAUUUCAGUGGAUGACCCUGAAUUCUAGUAUUAUGGAACAGGUGCAGGGGACUGUCAAAUUUCUCCACGUUAUUUCAUAAAUCUCUGUCUUAUGCUCCUCUUGAGUUGUCUUUUUUUUUCCAACUUUGAGCAAUAAAGAAAUGGCAGAAAUGGGGGUGGGAAUCACAAUUCUAAUUAAAUUACACUGUUUCUAGGUUUAUCAGGUGUAUGCAAAAAGAUCUCCUGAAGAAGUCUACAGGAUCCUCAGAUCUUUUGGGACUGACUUUGUGAUCCUGGAGGACAGUAUUUGUUAUGAAAGAAGACACAGCAGGGGCUGUCGGCUGCGUGAUCUUCUGGACAUAGCAAAUGGCCACGUAAGUACUGGAGCCUGCCUUCCUGUUUGCAUUACAGUAUUUGCAGGAACUCUGGCACAGGAUCAUCUCUCCCUGUAACACGCUGUGACUUUGUAGCCAACACAGUGCACUCCAGAUGUUGUUAAACUCCAACUCCCAUCAGCCACAAAGCAGCCUGGCAAAUGGUUAGGGACGAUGGGAGUUGUACCAACAGUAAUUGGAUGGUGUCUUGGUUGGCUGUCUUGCCUUAAAUACACAGCAAACAUAGUGUGAAAUGUACUAUGAACCAGACAGCAGGACUAUUAUGUCACUGGGAAAUCUAGCAUUUAUGUUCUGUUUGGAGUUUAUAAAGAAGGCUGCAAUCCUAAUCCCACUUGCCUGUAAGCCCCAUUGAAUUCUGCUGGACUAACUUCUGAGUAGACGUAGUUAGAAUUGUGCUGUAAUCUGUGGUCAGGCGUUAGGAUUGCCCAUGUGAAUUAAUAUAGGAUUGAAUCAAGUAAAGUACAACGUGCCAUACACUGAAAGCACAUUUUUCCUCCAAAGAAUCUAGGGAAAUCUAGUUUGCCUCUCACACAGCCACAAUUCCCAGCACCCUUAACAAACUGCAGUUUGUAACAAACUACAGGAUUCUUUGCUGGGUGUGUGAGGUGCGUGUGCUUUCUGGUGUAUGGUGUGUGGGCAGCUGUGGGCUUUUUUCUGACUAUACAAUGGCAUCUGGUGCUUGUACAGCUUAGUGCGUUUCCUUUGUAUUGCAUUAAGAGAGCAGUUCAUUGUUUUAGAAUGUGGUAACAAGAAGAUGUUUGAACAAACUUGUAAUUUCUGUUACAGACCAUGGAUGGUCCUGGGGAGAAUGAUCCUGAUUUAAAACAUUCGCCACAUCCUCGCUUCUGUGAGGAAAUCAAACGAGACCUGCCUUCAUACACAAUGUAUUUUGCUAAAGUAUUUCAGAACAAAACGUUCCAUGUUUACAAGCUCGCUAGACAUAAAAAGACUACAUAGCUUUGCUGUGACCGCAGCAGCUCAUGCCAAGAGUUUACAGAAACGGUUCAUGGAGCGGGGUGGAAUCAUUGUACACUGGGUUAAGUGUUUUACCUUUUAAUUACUGUGAUCAUUAGAAAGGGUUUGUGCUGAUAAUGUUUUUAUGUGUCCAGAAAGCUUUUCUAGACUACAGAAGGCUGGUUCAGAAAGGGCUCUGGUGCAGACGUUGUACAAGUGGUGUGGUGCAAGCUCCACCCUGACGUCUUCAGUGUCAUGUGGGAGUGACUCUUUUGUGAAGCACGCUGGCACAUCCCCCAUGAAAACGAUGCUCAACAUACAGAGAAGGGGGGUGGAGUCUGAGUCUUAGUCUCACCUGCAUUGCACUCAAAGCAUACUUACCCAGGACCUCUGUGGACCAGCUGUUGUGUCUUUCCAUCUACUGCUAAUCUAGGGGAGUCUGCUCAGGGUUCUGGCUUGCUAACAUGAUCCUGCUGAUACCAUUAGUGUCUUGUUGUUGCUUCUUCAGUUAUUUUCCUUAGGGUGCUUGGGAACACCAAUCCAAAAACAUUUACUUGGGAGUAGUUUCUCCAGAUUUUUCUUGGUGCUUUUUCCAUGGUUGCUUAAGCAUCACAGACUAAUCUUCUGAUGUCUCAGCCCUCAACCCGGAUCCCAGAGCUUUGCUGCCAAAGUGCUUAGGGUGUGUAUACCAGUGACCUUUUCCUUUUCUAAUGCUAGGACCCAGAUGUGAGCUCUGUAAUAGCCAUCAGCAAUGCAAUGCUUUUGGUAACCUUCCCUUCACACGCACACCCUGCUCUCCCUUGCUUCUCUCUCAGACAGCACAGCUCUGAGGAUACUUGGCCCUCUGCUGACAAGGAUGGAGCUGCCAGUCUCUUAGCAGCCACUGUGCAGCUAAGGGCAAAGUAACCCAAGAACAUCCCUGCGUACAGUUUUGCUGUUAGCAGGGACUAAAAAGUGAGGGUUUUCCCCAGCAGGGACAGCUAUGCUGUUCUUGCCACAGCAUUGUCUUUGUGCCAUCGCUCAUCCAACACCAGGUCCUUAAUUUUUGCUGCAGGUUGAUCUGCCCCAAAGCAAAGCUCUGGGCUUUGUAUGAGUGCUGUCGCUGAAGACCAUAGUCCAGCAAAAGGCUUGCGUCCGUCAUUUGAACAUUGCUCCCCUUCCUCAUUGUAUGGUACUUCUCAAGCUCUCUUGACUUUCAAACACUUGUUGCUCAGCAUUCCAUUUGUAAUGUUUAGUGGCUGCUUGUUUUACCUGUGGUUCCACACUUGAUGACUGAUUUUUGUGUGUGGUUUUCAAACUUCGAAGACUGGAGCAUGUUGGGUUUCUUCGUUUUUCUUUUGAUAAUGUAGCAUGUUGUGGCGUCCUUUCAGAUGAGCUUUUACAAACAAGCAAAAUGCCCCCCCCCCAUGUCCCCUCCUGCAUAUUACAAUGUUCAGUUACUGUAUUCUGUUCUCCCACCCCCCUUCUAAGUGUGUCUUUUUAAGUAAGAAUACCAAACCCAAGAGAAACACUGUCAUGAGCUUCGUUAUUAAAAGUGGUAGGAUAUAUUGUACUUUAAGGGAGAUUUUUGCUUUAUUGUAUGUGACAAGUACUUACACGAACUGUUUCCUCUCAAAGAUCCUCCCCUCUUCAAUGUUUUCCCCCUCCUUACUUGGACAAAAAACAACAACCCCAUGAAUCAUGUUCCUUAUGUUGAAGCAAAUAGAUUUCACAUUUUUGUACUUUUAUGAAGACUAUCAACUUUAUAAUGCUGUGCUUUUUUUAUUAAAAAAAGUCACUGUGAUGUUUUUAAAGCUAAUUUUAACAUUUUUAUAUGAGACUUAUGGUAGGGUUGGUUUGGAAGUAGAACUUUCCCAAUCAUUACCAAGUAACUUGCAGCUGUAGGCACAACCUUUAUUAACUUCAAAGUCCCAUUCAAAUGCAUGGGAGUUGGGCAAGGCCACAAUCCAUCUCCUGUUAACUCCAUUUUUUCCCUGGUGUAAUAAUGGCCAGUGUUCACUUCUGGUGCAAAAUCUGAUGGUAAUCAAGUGCCUCUGGAAAAACAUCAAUAGGAAGCAUAUUUGGCCUGCUCAAAUAGUUCACGUAAGAAAAUUGUUGCAAUUAAUUCCUAACGAUGAGAAAUUUGCAGAGCUUCAGCUAGCCUCCCCCACAUUUAAUUAAAUCAAGAUGUGUAAUGAGAUUAAAGUUCCCCAACUGAGCUAUGUUCCAGUUCCCAAUGAUUUAAACACUUUUCCCCUCUGCAGUUGUUCCUUGGUAAAUUACUGCAGGGCUAGAUACGGUUCUGUCACCCUCACACAAAAUAAUUUUACAUUUAAGCGCAAGUAUUCAUUAAAUAACACACAGGAUCCUUCUGCGCUUUCAUCCCACCACCACCAAAAGGAAAGCAGACUUUAAUCAGCUCACACUUAAAUCAAACCUGGAGGUGAGCCAUGCAGGAUUUUUUGAUUUUUUUUAUUAUGAUUUUUAGUGAGGAAGCAAAGCCCCUGAAUAAUUCCUACUCUGUUUCCCUUAAUGAGGUUGGAGCCCACUGCCGCUUCAACAUAAUACAAUAAUAAAACAUUCUAAUAAGUAGUAAAACUUUAAUUAAGCCUGUAGUGAUGUGUGCCUGAUCUUGCUGGGAGCCUGGGUCAGCAGAUUCCUCGCUGGUAAUGCUGCAUGCUAAUUCAGGAUAAGCACAUCCCAGGCACGGUGGAGUGAGAUAAGGUUGCCCUGUCCUUUAGAGGCAGUGGGCCUAAUCAGCUGAGGAUGCAGGCGCUCAGGGCCACUUUGCCCAGAACAUUAUGCACCUGUCUCCCAAGCAGCCCACACAGCCGCAGUAUAUCAGGCCUCAUCUUAUUUUAAGCCUUAAGCUCGGUCAGUGUGGAGGAGCAGGCAGAGAUAUGACAGCCUGCAUGUGGUUCUGAGGUCUUAUUGCGACUGCUGCAGACGCCUCUGUCAUGGCAUAUGCAAAACGGGGGCAUGGCCAGGUGGGCACUUGAGGUGCUGGCAGCUCACCACUCUAGUACCUGCUGCUUAACUUCAGCUUCCCCAGCAAGAAUUCCGAUGGCACUACUAUCUUUUUUAAAAAAGAACACUGACCCAUGCACUGUUUCAGUAUUUUCACAUCACAUUUUUUAUUACCAAAUAUGUAUGAUCAAAUAUUGCCAUCUUAGAAAUGCAAGCUUUUUAAAAAAAAAAUCUGGAGCUGUCAGUUGUCCCACCCCACCCCACCCUCCGACCAAGCCAAAUCUGACCUUGACUAUAACAAAACAGUGUGAGAAGGCAAUCUUUUUUAUUGGGCCAACUAAAAUACUGGAUGCAAGUUUUUGGAUUGCACAGAACUCUCUGGUGGGCUUAGUGUGACCUUAAGAGGGACAUGGUCAGUGGAGAAAGAGGGAGAGAGAGAGAGAGAGAGAGAGAGAGAGAGCUGCUACUUGGGUCAUUAGAAUGAUGGAUCUGGAGCUGCAUUAAGGGUGUUAAAAGGGAAAUUUCAUUUUCUUUGUAAUGUGCCUGAUACCUGCAAAGCAAUUUCAGGGGUCUGGGUGGCUUGGUGUUGUUGUGGGAAUAUUGUAGGCAUCAGGAAUAGCCUUUGAGAUGCUGGGUGCCAAAUGGUUUUUGUUUGCUUUGCUCCUGUAGCUAUCAGUACUUGAGGGCUGUUAGAAUGUGCCAGGGGUCCCUUUCCUGUCUAAUAUUCCUUCCUUCCUUCCUUCCUUCCUUCCUUCCUUCCUUUGCAUCCUUUCCAGUCAUGGAAGUGUACCCCACCACCCGCUUCAUUUUAAUUUAAGGAAGGAAGAAAGGAGGAGGUUCAGAAGUAAGGAUUGGCCAGUAGGUUGGCUGGUGAGUCGCCAUCCCGUGCCUUUUGUCUGCAAGCACUCAAGGCUACACAGUGCUGGCACCUUUUUUUCUAGAAGAAAAGCACUGGUUUAAAGUGUGGCAUUUAAUGUAAUAGCUUCAUGGUGAGUACCAGCACUGUAUUACUAGAAGAAAAGCAAUGGUUUCCCCCACAUCCUUACUUGAACAUGCACAAUUGGAAGGCAGGUCUGACAACCUGAAAAAGCCCCAACAUCAGGGAUUGUGGAAUAAAUCCAGGCAGCGACAUGUAUAAUGUGUCUAACACAAUCAUCAAAGGAAGUUUGAGGGACACUUAGCAAAUAAGUCCCUCAAACUUGGCAGUACAUGGGGAGGAGGAGUUGGGAAUGGUAGGGAACAGAACCCUAGAAAGCUGAAUUCAGAACCUUGCAGGCAUUUGCCCUGUUUCUCGGCAUGCUGUGACUGGGUGGCUUCCUUUUACAGCACAAGAGUCACACCUGCCCUUGGCCCCCAUCCGUUGGGAGCUGCAUGCCAUCAGUUAGCAUGGCCAAAACUGGGUGCAGCCACCACACACUAAAGCAGGAACACACACAGGCACAUAGCCCACCUGCCUCAGCUGAUCCAUGAAGAAAGAGCUAUCGUCUCACCACUCAACAAAUGAUCAGUCUGAUGUCUGGGAACGGCAUGAUUUACAUCGCCUCCAAGGUCCUGGGCUCUGCCCAGCCUGUGCUGUGUACAGCCAGCUCACAACUUGUGUGCAUUUAACUUGCACAAUCGCAGCUUUACGCUCUUGGUGGCCGGCCAGCACACAGUCACCCAACUUAAACAUACACAAGGCGGAAAGCUUAAAAGCUGUUUCCACAUCACAUUUUCCUGCCGUGGAAAAAGCUUUUAAGGUCUCCACCUUGCUAUCUGGUUCUGGGAAAGUCUCACAUUGUCUCUGGGAGGCUCCAGUGAGAUCUCAGGAGCCUCCCAGAGCUGGUAUGAGAGCCUCCCAUAGCCCGUUAAGCAAGGCAAAGAGCUUAUAAGCUCUGCAUUGCUUGGGUGGCAAGGCUCACAUGGUGUACUGGCUCCAGAAAGGUAGGGAUGGUUGCAUUGGAGCGGUUCUGGGGUGGUUUUGGCUACACACAAUUUUGGCUUUACACAUCAUCUCCUGCACUUACUGAGGCUAUAGCUAUUGUGAUCUGAAUCUAACUCCCAAGCAAGUUGUGAGUCAUCUGUAUUUAUUUUCACUUUUCUGCUGCAACCAAAACUGGAGAAGUCGGGGGGGGGUGUCCCCUGUUUUGAGGGAAGCAGGUCAAGCCCUUGAACUUGGGGUUAGAAACUACAGCAUAAGAGGGAACUGUAGGAAGGGGGCACAGCUGUAGAAUUCAUAAGCUGCCAAAGAUUCAAGUCUAGCUGUGAGCUAGUUUAGCGACAGGGCUAGUUCCCAUUCUGGGAGCAAAGAUUGGGGGUUUUCAUGCUGCUUCAGGUCAGUUUUUCUUCUUCAGUAUUGCAUUCCCUUAGUUCAGGCCUGUACAAUUUAUGACCCACCAAGCCAAGUGUAACACACCAGCCAUGCCUAUUGGCCCACCAGAUGAUCAGCAAAUCUGCCUGUCUUUGACUGCAAACCUGAGCGGGACUGGGUGGGGGGGAACAUGGCUGAUGAAUUGCAUUUGUUGAGCUGGCCUGGGAAGCCUGCCUUUAGCACAUGGGAUGAGAAAUCUGUAGCCCUCCAAAUGUGGUUGUACUCAAUGUUCAUCAGACCCAGCCAGAGUGGCCAGUGUUUAGCAAUGAUGGACACUAGAGUCCCAAGUGAAAGGCCACAUGCUACCCAUCCCCGUUCCUCACUGUGCCAUCUGUAACAUUCUGCUACCAAAUGCAUGCCAAAAAAAGUUGUUUAUUAUUAAACGUGAUUCUCUUCUCGCUUGCAAGAAACACUUGCAUCCAACCUGCAAGCUACUUGCAGUGCAACUCUAAACCAUGUUUACACAGAAGUAGAUCCAACGGAUGUCCAGUGGAUCUACUUCCAAGUUCAAACCCAACUUGUUGCCACCCUUGUCUGCUCCUUGGCCCCUUAGUGUGGAAGAAAAGGUUACUCUACAUUUAUUCAGAAGAGAAGUUUUCUAUACAGUUACGGUGAAAGUGAAAUUGUCAGUCUGUGGAGCUAAAAAGUCAAAAGGAGGCCAGUAUGAACAUGAGGAGACACACAUCUUCAAUAUUUUUGCUGGUUAACACUUCACCGUGCAGGCAUUUUAUAAGAUGCUGUACUGAGAUGCAUGAAUAUUGUCUUCUAAAUAAAGUUUGAUCUGCAAAUC